UGGGAGGCGAGCAGCGAGCAGAUAGACCGGGGGCUGCUCAUGGAGCGGGACCCCAUCCUGUUCUAUGAAGAGCUGCCGCUGUACGAGUCCGACCUGGACGACAACGGCGUGUGCUGCGUGUCGUUGAAGCUGCGUGUGAUGCCCCGCUGCUGGCUGGUGCUGCUGCGCUGCUGGGUGCGGGUGGACGGGUGCAUGGUGCGGCUGAGGGAGACGAGGCUGUUCUGCAGGCAUGACAAGCCGGAGAAGCGGCUGGAGGUGCUGCAGGAGGUGAAGCACUGCGAGGGCGACUUUGCCAGCCUGCGGGCGCAGGGGGCGCCGGAGGAGGGGCCCGCG